UGGAUCCCUUUUACUAAUUUCAGUCUUAAGAUUCUUUUAUAAUUUUAAAAAGCAUUCAAAUUGAUUGAAAUCAACACGUCAUUUAUUAAUAUUCUCUUGAUUAUUAAUUAUUAAGUCAGGAGAAUUCAAACCAGUACAGCAUUCAUAAACAUACAUUCUUUGGAAAUACAAAAGCCUGACCAAUACUGUUUACUUAGUCGACAAAGUAAAGAGUGUUUCAUAAAUGCAGCUUAAAAGUCUUGAAUUUGUGUUAAUUCUUGCAAUAUUCAUUUAUACAUUGUAUAUGCUAAACAUUUUCCUCUAAUGCUCGAUUUGUGUCAAUCUGCAGCAUUAAUAUGUUACUGUACAGGAACUGUGUGUCAUAUUUAACAACCACCCAAACACAGUAGGCUAUAAAUGGGAUUAUGAAUUCAUACAACAAAUCAUAAAAUAAAAAACAAUAACAAAGCACAUCUUUUCACGUUGGUUACUGUUUUAACUCGCUUGCUGUUGAUUCUAAUAUUUGUUUUGUUUCACAAACGACCAUACAAAUCAUAUAACUAUUUUUACGUCAACACAUAACAUACAAUCGUACAAAAAUGUUGGUUGCGUUUACGUUACCUGAAUUUUCGUAUUACAUCAUCGUCGAGCAGUACGAGCGCCUCUGAUUGGCUGUUGUUGGCGGUGACCUGGCAACAGAGAGAGGGUUUACAGACGCUUAUAUGUUCCGCAGGAUCUUCAGUGAGCGCAGAUAGCGUCUUUUUGUUGACAACCUGUGUUUGCUUACCGAUACUAGCUGCUCUUCAUCCAUCUCCAGAGAGGAUGUCGACGCGAACGCUACCUCUGCUCUUCAUUAAUCUGGGUGGAGAAAUGCUUUACAUCCUGGAUCAGCGCCUGCGGGCUCAGAAUAUCCCAGCAGAUAAAGCCAAGAAAGGUAAAUGGCAGCUAAUAUACCAGGGAGUUGAUAAAGCAAUUAUGAAUGAUAUCAUUACCACCAUGUUCAAUAAGAAGUUCCUGGAGGAGCUGUUCAAACCACAGGAGCUGUACUCCAAGAAGGCCCUGAGGACAGUGUUCGACCGACUGGCUCAUGCCUCCAUCAUGAGACUCAACCAAGCUAGUAUGGACAAGCUCUAUGAUUUGAUGACCAUGGCAUUCAAGUAUCAAGUCCUGCUGUGUCCUCGACCUAAAGACAUCCUCCUCGUGUCCUUCAACCACAUGGAUGCCAUCAGGGACUUUGUGAAAGACACUCCCGGCAUCCUCAGCCAAGUGGAUGAAACAAACAAGCAACUCAUAGAGAUAUAUACCCCUUUAUCUGGUGGAGAGUUUCAGCUACUUAGACAAACACUCCUCAUCUUCUUUCAAGAUAUGCAUAUUAGAGUAUCAAUUUUCCUGAAAGACAAAGUCCAGAAUUCUAAUGGGCGAUUUGUCCUCCCGACAUCAGGCCCUGUUCCGUAUGGGAUGCACAUCCCAGGACUCAUAAGGAUGUUCAUCUGUAGUGGUGAGGAGCUGAGAAGGAUUCAGUUCCGGGACGGUGGCAAUUACAGCGCCACUCUCCGUGAGGGUUCUUUUGAAAUGUAUGGUGAUCGAGUAAUCAAACUUGGUACAAACAUGUACAGUGUGAGCCGGCCUGUUGAGACACACAUGUCUGGAAUCUCCAAAAACUCCUCACAGCACACCAAGGUCAACACAACUCCGAAUCCUUUGGCAAAAGAAGAGCUGAACCUUCUUGCUAGACUAAUGGGAGGUCUGGAGGUGCAGAAAUCAGCUAACACUGACUCUGGCUUCCGUGUGAGCCUUUUUGCCACAGAUGAGGAGGAAGAGGAAGCUUUAAUAUCAAGACCGGAUGAGCUUUCCUAUGAAGUUAUUAAUAUACAGGCAACAAAGGACAAACAGACCAAUGCGGCGCUGGCUAAGAUCAUGGGAGAGUUUGGAGAGACGGGUGAACCCACCCCCAGUUCCAGCAGCAAGGGUGACGACCUCCUGGCAAUGAUGGAUGGACUGUGACUUAAACUUGAUGUUCCCUUUGAGUGAGCAGAGUGACUGAGCUGUUAAGCGGGAUAAAGUGCUACAGUG